AUGACUACUUGGAAAGAAGUCUGUGGUCAGAAAUUACAUUAUGCGACGAUUGAAAAUAUUUCUUCGGUAAGAAUAAAUACAUUCCUCAAAUGAAAUGCUUUUAACACACGGUUCAAUUCUCCCUUGGCUAAAAUCCUUUUUUAAAAUUUCAGCGGUGUGAGCAUUUUUAAGUGAAAGCUUCCGAACACUACUUUACACUGAUUCUAUUUGACACGUAACAAUCUAUCGCAUUUAUUUUAGGUUUGCGCGACUGGUCUACAUAAUAUUACGAUGUUCACGUUUCCUUAG